GAUGCCUCGAUCAGGUUCUUCAUUUGCCGAACGUUUCUCAUGUUUGUGGGAGUCAGAACUUUGAGCUGUUUCAACUUUCACCUGCUGUCUCAACGUCGUUCGGCCACCGGAAACUGUUGUAGUUCUUUUCGUGUUCAAAUUAUUGGGGGCGCUAUUCAGAACACUUAAUAAUCUAAAGUCCUUCUUGAGAUACCACAAAAUGUUGGCCGAGAAUUCAAGCGACCAAGAAGACCUUCUUCUCAAACAGGUGAAGGCCUUUUACGAAUCGAAAGCUGGUGUGAAAGGGCUCGUCGAUGCAGGAAUCACGAAAAUCCCACAAAUUUUCAUCCAUCAGCCAAUACAUCCCAGCCAAGUAACCUAAACCGAGUUCAAUAUUCCAGUGGUGGACCUCGCUGACGCCGCGGUUGGCAUGAGCAGGCAUGCGGAGGUGGCUGAGGGAGUCCGGCGGGCUGCGGAGACUGUGGGGUUGUUCCUGGUGGUGAACCAUGGGAUACCUAAGAGAGUAUUGGAGGAGAUGCUGCAGGCGAUCCGUGGGUUUCAUGAGCUGCCCAAGGAAGUGAAAGCUCACUACUAUAGUAUAGACCCCAAGAGGAAGGUCAAGUCUGCUGGUAGCCAUAAGCUCGGUAAACCAACUUCUCUACCAUGGAGGGACUCUUUGUUAUGUGACAUGAUUUCUGAGCCUCUUGAUCCUCAAGAAUUGCCUGAGAUUUGCAGAGACAUAACUAUGGAGUACUUAAAACGUGUUCACAAAUUAGGUGUCACUUUAUUUGAAUUGCUAUCUGAGGGACUGGGGCUCAAACCUGACCACCUUCUGGGCUUGGGCUGUGCAAAUGGACAUUUGAUUGCUGGUCAUUACUAUCCACCAUGCCCUGAGCCUGAAUUGACCAUCAACAAUGGUCAACACACAGAUCUCGGUUUUCUCAGCAUCGUACUUCAAGACAAUAUCAAUGCACUCCUUUCGUAUCAAAACCAGUGGAUUGAUGUCCCCACCGUGCCCGGAGCUCUCGUGGUGAAUAUUGGAGAUUUCUUGCAGCUACUCUCAAACAAUAAAUACAUCAGCGUCAUGCAUAGAGUACUUGCCAAGAAGGAAGGUCCAAGAGUUUCUGUGGGAUGUUUUUUCAAUCACAUUCCACAAGAAAAUUCUGCAGGGAGACUCUUGGAGCCGAUUAAGGAGUUGAUAUCAGAAAAAAAUCCCCCAAUAUACCGUGGAACAAGUGCGAUAGAUUAUAUAGGCCACUACAGGAAAGCGUUGAUCAAUGGGGUGUGUGGACUCGAAUAUUUGAAGCUGUGAGGUCGACUUGAAACUGUGAAGUUUGGUCACCGAAAAGAUCAUGGUCUAUAAGUCUAUUACUACUCUAGUACUCAAUUGAUGUAAUAAGGGAUCAGUGUCGUGUUUAUCACUGAUCUUCUGAUUCCACUACAUGUAAAAUAAACUCAGAGUACAGAAUUUAUUAAUCGAGCUUUUCGUAUUAUUCUCAAGUA